CCUUGAAGUUUCCGGAUGGGUAUGCAGCAAACUUAAGAAGAGGGGUGAACAUUGAAACACUACGCAUCAAUGGAUUAAAGAGCCAUGAUUACCACAUAAUGAUGGAGCGCCUUAUGCCUGUCAUGUUCCGAGGGUAUUUCCUAGAUCAGAUUUGGCAAGUGUUGGCUGAGUUAAGCUUCUUCUAUCGCAAGCUAUGUGCGAAGGAGAUAGAUCUCACGGAAAUAAAAACAAUGGAGCAAGAGGUGCCUAUCCUUCUUUGCAAGUUAGAGAAGAUCUUUCCACCAGGAUUUUUUGUUCCAAUGGUGCACCUGAUCCUUCACCUACCGUAUGAAGCACGAAUGGGAGGCCCUGUGCAAUACCGAUGGAGUUAUCGAAUGGAGAGACAACAAAAAGUAAUUAAAGGCAAAGUUAAAAAUCAUGCACGUGUUGAAGGAUGCAUAGUACAGUCUGAAAUACUAGAUGAAUUGUCCUUUUAUACUUCUGGAUAUUUUCCAGACCAUGUGCCCACUGUGCACAAUCCAAUCCCUCGAUACAAUCCAGAAGUUCUGUCAAAUGAUUGCGAACUGAGCCUAUUCUCAACCAAGGGUGAUACAACUAGUCGUGGAUACACUCGACACUUAAAAAGUGAUGAGUGGAGUGCAGCUAUGCUCUAUGUCCUAACGAAGCUGCCCGAAGUGGAUGAUUAUGUGCGUGAUUUCAUUGAACAGGAGUGGACCAGGAAUGGUGAGCCAAGUAAGAAACAAAAAGAAAACAUGCUACGGAAAGGGGCUAAAAAGAACUCUCCCAAUUUUGUAACUUGGUUCCGAAGUCUAAGCCUACGGGAUAUGUGUAUGAGCGAUGACUUAAAGCAGGUAGCUGCAGGAUGCCACACUCGGGUGAAGACAUAUAAUACUUAUUAUGUUAAUGGGUUUCGUUUCCGAACAGACAAGUAUGAGAAGGAAAGGCCAAAUGCUGCAACCAUAAAUAGUGGUUUAGUAACUGUAGGGCAAGGAGAAAAUGAUGAAACAACGGAAUACUAUGGAUAUAUCAAAGAAAUUAUUGAGCUGUCAUUUGAUGGCAUAAAACCACUAAAUUUGGUCAUGUUCAAUUGCCAUUGGUUCCAUCCAAAUAGAGUUAGAUACACAUCAAGAUAUGGCUUAGUGGAGGUUGAACAUGAGUCAGUGCUCCCAGGAUAUGAGCCAUUUGUGGUCACUCAACAAGCAACACAAGUGUACUACAUUCCAUACCCAUGCAAAUCAGUGCGUGAUCUUGCGAAAAGAUGGGUGGUAUACAAGGUCAGACAACCAGGUAAACUACCUGCCCCAUCUGAUCAAGAUUAUGAAGGUGCACCCGUGUCUGUUGAAUUCUUUCAAGAGGAUGGACUUGAAGGCAACUUUGUAAUGAUCUGGGGGAAGGACUUGAUGACAUGUCUAACAUUGAAAGAGAUGCUGAGGAGAUUGUUGACGAUGAUGACCUACGGUUGCUGAAUAGCUCAGAAAUACCUGCAGUAGCUCAAGAAGAUUCUGUCAUUGAAACAAUAAUAGAAUAUAGUGAUGAUGACUUAGCUGUCGUCUCAGAUGAGGAUGACCCCCGUCUUGAUGAGUAUUUCUGAGUGUUGGUUAUGUUAUAAUAUGGCCUUUGGUUAUAGUGGGAUUGAAGUUAUCUUAGUGUCUUGUUCUUGAUAAAAGUGGUCCAUGAACUAUUUUAUUUAUUCUUUCAAUCUCAUAUCAUUGUGAUUGGUGUUGUUAAAUAUAUUUUAUGACUAUACUAACAUUAUGUCUCUUAAGUUGUGUUCAAUUUCAGGUUCACGAUGCGCAUUGCAUUAUCUUCUAGUAACCAGAACGGAUUAGCUUCCAAUGGCAGGACUAGGGGAGGUGGCAGGGGGGUUUCAAGUGGUAGGGGUGAUGCUAGUGGCAGGGGGUCUAGUGUUAGUACAAGAUCCAAAAAAAGCUGUCGCAUUAGUAUGUCCUCUCAGACAGCAGAUAUCAACCAAGAGCAAGAGCAACAAGAACAAGACAUCCCAGAACAGGACCCCAAUAGGGUAGUGGAAGAUGGCGAGGCGGGCGAUGCUGAGAUGGAGGAUUCGGUAGAUGAGGACUUGUACGAGAGAGGCCCUGCACUUAUGCCUCCAGUGCCUCGUGAGGAGGAAAAAGUUGUACUCACACCAGUAGGGGAUAGGCAGUGGCGUGAGAGCUUUGUUAGCAAGGAGUCUAGAUCCCCCAAUGGAAUAAUAGGUUUACUGAUUCGGAGAAAUUAUCCUGGGAUAGUUACAUAUAAGGGCAGUAGGGUUGCUGCACAUAAAGUUUGCCACUACAGUGUUGUGCCAGAACCUACACCAAACUCGACACAGCACCCACUAGUGCUCUUCACAAGAUAGCGACCAAAUUCUGGUAUUAUUUUAAAUGGGCUGAUGGCAAGGAAGUUGGGCUAAAAGGGUAGUCCGGAAUGUGAUAAAGAAUCUUCUCCCAAAUGCCUUUUAUGAAGCACGGCUCUAGUCCAUCAUUGCCUACCAUAGGCAUGUUCGCAAAGUUUACAUCAGUAGAAGUGAGGCAUGCAAGAUGUACCCCCCAGUGCAGUAGUACAUGCAGGCAAUUCCUUAUUGGUUUGCAACGUGCCCAAACGCAUGGCGGAUGCUCACAGAGAUGUGGAACACCCCUGAAUGGAUAGCUAAAUCAAGAGCAGGCAGGGCACGGAAGGAGAAGAAACUUCGAAUCCAUCGCCAAGGCAGUGCUUCUACUGCUAGGUACCAAAGAAAUAUGGAGAAGAAGUUGAAGAGGCCAGUUCCUGAAAUUGAGGCCUAACUAAUGGCAAGAACAGAAGAGGGGAAAGAUUAUGCUGAUAUUGAUGCUCAUGAUAAUGUUAAAACACUUGGCAUCUAUAGAUGGCAUAUGCAGAAGCUUGUGAAGCAUUGCAUGGUCCUGACUUCGAAUGGGACAAAGAACCCAUUGAUGGUGUAGCUGCAUACAAGGCGGGGCAUGGCAAGAAGCAUGGUUGUUAUCUAGUCGGAGAUGGCAUGAUCAGCACACCAACAGUGCUAUGUGAGGUGCGAGUAUCCAGCACUGCAGGCGAGCCAACAGACCAACCACCACCACCACAACAACGACAUCGACUUAAUCCUGAAGAAGCACAGCAGAUUGAGCAGCACAUGCAUGAAGAGAUGGAGCGAUGGCGGCAGUAGGAGCAUGAGGUGAUGGAGCGGAAGCUGCAGCAGGAGCGCGAGGAGAUGGAGCGGAAGCUGCAGCAGGAGCGUGAGGACAUGGAGCGGAAGAUGCAGCAGAAGCACGCUCAGAUGGAACAAAAGCUACAACAGGAACGUGAGGCGUGGGAGUCUGAGAUACAACCGGAGAGGGAGUACUAUAAAACUGCCAUAUCUGCCAGUACAGAACGCCUACAGAUGGACCUUCCUCCACCUCCACGCCCGCAGCCUGGACAUGCAAUAUUUUCUCAUCUGUCUACAUGAAACUUAGGCCAUGCCUCAAAUGCUCCAAGUAUGGUAGCAAGAGAGAUUGGUUCAUCAGAUGCAAUGGUUAGCAUGGAAAUUCUAGGAUUUACCUCAUAAUUUUCUUUCUUGGCAGCAAUGGCUUUGUUGAAUAAUGUCAGUAUGUUCAACAAACCGUUUCUUUGUCUUGUAUAUUUGUAUAUAUGAACCAUCUAUUCAAGUACUAGUUAUCCAGACUUAAGCCUAUGCAUGUACUGUUUCAGUGACCGCUGCCAUUAAAGUAAAGUUGGAUUUGAUCAUCUA